AUGUCAGAGAUUGAACGAGAUGGCAUCCCGCACCAUUUGAUUGAUUUUAUUGGCCUCGAAGAGAAGCCUUGGACGGUCGCGAAAUUUGUAAAAGAGAGCUGCUGUAUCAUCGACCAAAUCAGAUCGCGUGGGAAGCUUCCAAUUCUCGUUGGAGGAACACAUUACUACACACAUGCACUAUUGUUCAAGGAUGCAACGCUGACCGUAGACGCAGCGCGUGAUGGAAAAUCCGAUGCCAGUGAUGACGACCAAGAGAAGCAGUGGCCAGUCCUUUCGCAACCAACCGAAGUGAUAUUGUCAAAGCUCAGGGAGGUUGAUCCUGAGAUGGCUAAUCGCUGGCAUCCUCACGAUAGGCGCAAAAUUCAACGCUCGCUCGAGAUCUGGCUUGCGAGUGGAAGGAGAGCGUCAGAAAUUUACGCAGAACAACAUCGGCAUCGUCAGUCCGCGAAAGAGAGUCGAGAGCCAGGCAUCCUGGACGACACUGAGAUGAAUGCAGAGGGCCUUCGCUUUCCUACCCUACUUCUGUGGCUAGAAGCCCAAGACUCUGUUCUCAAGGACCGUCUCAAUAGACGUGUUGAUGCUAUGGUUCAGGAUGGUCUGGUCGAGGAGGCUCGAGGUCUAGUACAGCUGAAAGAUAAGUUGUCCAAGGAUGGUAUUCCCGUCGAUACUGCCAAAGGAAUUUGGGUGUCAAUCGGUUAUAAAGAGAUGGAGCCUUGUUUGAACGAUCAAGAAUCUAAAGCAGACGCCAACAGGCAAUCAAGGAUGAUGCAGGAAGCCUUUGAAUCUGUCAAGGCGGGUACGAGGCGUUAUGCAAAGCGCCAAAAUCGGUAUAUCCGUAUUCGACUGGCUGAUGCAUUGAGGGACGCCCGCCAGCUGGACAAGCUUUUCCUUCUUGACUCUACCUCUCUUGACCAAUGGGAAUCAAUGGUGUCUUCUCCUUCAGAAUACUUGGUCGACUCCUUUUUACAGGGCGAGCAAUUGCCGACUCCUAGUAGCCUCUCACCUUUUGCCAAGCAGAUAUUAGAAACUCUCCAUGGUGACAAGAACGGUUCUCAGAGGCUUGCAAGGACUUGUGAAGUAUGCCAGAAAACUUUGAUGACCGACAAGGAGUGGCAGGGCCAUCUGUCGAGCCGUGGUCAUAAAAAGGUUCUUGCUAGCCAGCGAAAGCAUGCCUCCUCACCCAGGACAGAGUCUAGCAUGUCUCCAAAACUUUUGAGGAGUUCGGACCCGGACUGA